AGGAUAGAAGGGCAGAGAGAGAUUUAAGAAUUGAUAGGUGGUCGAGUUUUGUUUGGCCGGGUGGAUAUGCGCAAGCAAAGUCGAGGAGCUUUAUUCCCCCUCUCUUAUGGGAUUACUGCCAGCAAUGGACAGAGAGCGCAAGGAGGUACAGCUGCUGGCGUUUCUUGACUUCCACGGCUAUAAACGCGCAGAGCAUCGCAAAGAGACACUGACUUCUUUAAUAUUCACAUUAGGGGACCUUUAAUAGCGUUUGAAAUACAGGGAAAGUGAGUUGCCCCAGUGCUGUAAAGACCCCACAGUGGUCGGAUCCAUAAAGACGCGCAACCAUGACGACCGAGAGCUCCCAGCAACAUUUGGAUCCGUCUAAUCCUCCGCGCUCCAGUCCAGCGGCGGGCGCUCUGAAUGCAGCUCUGCUGAGAGCACAGCCAGUGAUGGAGAGCGCGCACGCCGCAUCAGCCAAGGGGAAGAAGGGCAACUCGGGCUUGAGGCGUCCAGAGAAGCCCCCCUACUCAUAUAUUGCCCUCAUUGUGAUGGCGAUUCAAAGCUCACCGACCAAGAGGCUGACUCUGAGCGAAAUCUACCAGUUUUUGCAGGCCCGCUUCCCUUUCUUCAGGGGAUCAUACCAGGGAUGGAAAAACUCCGUCAGACACAACCUGUCUCUGAACGAGUGUUUUGUAAAGCUGCCAAAGGGUCUCGGCAGACCUGGAAAAGGGCACUACUGGACCAUCGACCCGGGAAGUGAGUUUAUGUUCGAGGAGGGCUCCUUUCGUCGCAGACCCCGGGGGUUCCGCAGGAAAUGCCAGGCUCUGAAGCCAAUGUAUAGGAUGAUGAAUGGUAUUGGGUUUGGUGCGUCUAUGCUGCCGCAAAACUUUGAUUUCCAAUCCCCCUCGGGCUCGUUGGCGUGUCACAACAGCUACAACAUAGACUUGAUGGGCAAUCCGGUGCCGGGCGGCUUCGAGGGACUCGGAGGGGGGCAUCACGUCCCACACAUGUCCUCAAACUCCGGGUCGUCGUACAUGGCUGCGUGUCAGGUGGCCUCCAACGCGGACUACUGCCCGGACAGCAGCAGCAGCCCCCUACAGUCCUCCCCGGCGAUGGUCGGCAGUCUGGACUGUCAGUCGCCUUACGCAAACGCAGCCUCGCACUGGGGCUCGCCCGGUGUGCCCUCAUACAUGAAGCAGCAGUCGUUGGCAUCGAGCAGCCCCGCUCCCUCCGCUCUGCACACGGGGAUGUCGUCCUACUCUCUGGAUCAGGGCUAUCUGCACCACAAUGCCCGAGAUCCCGCUGACAUUUCAGUGGGACUUUCUCGAUAUUCCAGCCACUCAACUCCAGUGUGCGACAGGAAGGACUUCGUCUUGAACCUGAACGGGAUCUCUUCCCUCCAUCCCAGCGGCGGAGGAUCCUAUUAUCACCCGCUUCAUCACCAUCACCAGAGUGUCUACCCGGACGUAAAGUCGUGUGUCAUGUGACCGAGGCGGAAGACGCGAACCACCUCUGGGGACAAAGCUCCCCAGUGCCUUUACAUCUAAAUUCAAUCCUCAGGCGGAGUUGUUGUAACAGAAAUGUGGGUUUACGAAGAGGCCGUUUUAUUUUCUGAAGCCUCAGUGUGGAAUCAGAGACUGUUCUCUUCAGUCAACUUUGACCUUUUAAAGCGUUUAGUAAUGGUUAUGAUACGGGGACUUGUUGUGGCACUUCACUUUCUCAGUAAACGACUGACUUUUCACACAUGGAUAAGCAUUAUUUACAUUUUACUGAAAAAAAAAAUAGAACACGUACCUGAAUUAAUCUUUACUCAUGCACUUAAUUUUUGUUUUCCUGAUGUUGCUGAAAUUGUUGCCGAUUUUUCUGCAACAAGCCAUUAAAG